CGAGCUUAAGAGAAGAUGUCAGGAGGGGAGGGUGGUAGUGGUAAGGUCACCCCUCCAAACCACCAAUCUCCGCCACCACCUCUGCUGACACCACCAAGUGGUGGCUGUGGCCGCACCCCCCUUCUCUAUAUAUAUAGGAACUCCACCAUAGGACGCGAAUUUAAUUCUAUAUUGUGCUCUCCUUUGACCAGCGGCGCACCAAAGGACUUACUUGGUCGUCGACCACCACACUCAGUGUCUCUUUUAUACUUGGAAAUCGUGAAGAUGACGUUACUCUCGGCGUGCCUGGUUUUGGCCGCCAUUUUGGGCUUGACAAGUGCAGCAAUCAACGAGAUAAGGCCAGCAGCGCAAAAGCCAGGGAGAUUCCUAUCACUACCAGUGCCGCAGAAGUGCGCUAACAGACCAAAAGAGUUCAAUUAUAGAGGACACAAUUACUUCUUCAGCGGACACUUGCCACAGUUCCGCAACACGAGGCUGGACUGGCUAGAUGCCAGGAAUAUCUGUCGAGAGUUCUGCAUGGACCUUGUCUCCAUGGAAACACAAGAGGAGAACAAUCUUGUCUUUAGACUAAUCCAGCAGAACGAUGUGCCGUACAUCUGGACGUCGGGCCGCUUGUGCGACUUCAAGGGCUGCGAGAACAGGCGAGACCUGGAGCCGAAGAGUCUGUACGGUUGGUUCUGGUCGGCGAACCGCGUGAAGAUGGCGCCGACCAACCAGUUGCCGGCUGGAUGGGGAUACAACCCCUGGUCGCAGACGGGCCACAAGAAGGUGCGUCAACCUGACAACGCCGAGUUCGACAUCAACGGCACUAACGAAUCCUGUCUCAGCGUACUCAACAACGUCUACAACGAUGGCAUCGCCUGGCACGACGUCGCCUGCUAUCACGAGAAGCCCUUCAUCUGCGAGGACAGCGAGGAGCUCCUCAACUAUGUCGCCUCCACUAACCGCGGCAUCAGGCUUUGAGUUGCCGAUGCUCCCUCCUUCCGCCCCCCCCCCCACCAACAGCAACAUGAAUGAGUACAAAAAAUAUUGACAAUUCCACAAAUGAGCGAUCCACUCAUUUCUUCACUAAUAAUUUUUUGAGCAUUCUCAAUGCUAACUACCAGUGAAACAAAGCCAAAUGAGCUUUGUAAUUAAUCAUUUAGCUUUGUACUUUAUAAUUUUGUCCUAGCAGACAUUAAUAUUUGAAAAACAGGGCUUUAUUCAAGGUACCGUACUAAGCUACUUGUAAGAGUAAGGCCUGGUUGGACAAAAACCGGUUAAUUUUAAGUGAUUGAAUGACAUGGUUACCAAUUAGAGAUGCCUUCUCUAAUUUGUUCUAGGGGCAGUUGAAUCAAUUUAAAUUCAACAGGCGUUUGUGCAACCAGGCUAUAGUCUCAGAAGGAGGAUUACUUCACAUUAUUUUGGAAUAAUUGUCGAUAUUUGUUUCACUCAUUCACCUUAGUAAGAAAAACUUACUCAACAUUUCGAAUUGAGGAAUUGAGUUUCUUGUUACAUCAAUUAUCGUUUACAUAAUUUACCAGUGAAAAAGAGGCUAUUAUUCUUAUUCUAAAGUUUUUGUACGGCAUGAUGGCUCUUUUAUAAAGUUGAGGAAGUUAUAUUAAAGUAAAAACUUUUCAAAGUUUUUUCAAGGAAUUGAAAUAGUUAUCAAGAUGAGCUUUUAUCAGAAUUGUUGUUUCCCAACCACGUUCAUAUAUAAUUUUUUAAAUUCAAAUUGUUACCUAUGUAAGGUCGUUUAUCCGUAGAUAGAGUUACUGGUACGGUAUGGUGCAAAAUCAAUAUAGUUUACCAAACUGAACGUACCAGUGAAAUGAUACUUCUUGCAUUUAUUUUAUUUGUUAACUUAUGCAUUUCUAGAUCUUCCAGUAAAACGAAGGAAACAUCAAAGAGAACUCUACAGUGCCAUUACUGAAUACGUUACCAAACACACUAUCCAUCAAUAAUAGACUAGUACCAUGGAUUAUGUAAUUACCAUGUACUUUUUUAAUUCAAUAACUUGUUGAAAUUUUAAAAGAAGACAUUAGAAAUGUUGCUAUCAAUCGGUGUAAAUCACUAUUUUUCAUUUGUCAUAAGCAACCCAGAUACACAACUAGAUACAUAGGGUAGCGGAAGGAGAAAAUUAUUGUGUCAUCGUUGAAAAUAACAAUAGUGUAAAUAGCCAUUGAAAAUCAAACUAAGAGUUGAACUGAAAGGUUUCAACACAUUGAUGACUGUUUAUUAAUUAAGUAGAAAGUUUUGCUUGUUGCAAUAAAUCUGAGGUGAUGUUCAGAUUUAUUUGCAUCCAUACAAAUCUGGUAUUAAUGAGCUACACUGUAUGAAUGAUGCGUUUGAAUAAUUACUGUAAAAUGUGAGUUUGAUUGUGUUCAAUACUGUAAGAAAAAUAGAUUUAUCAAAAAUCCUUCAAAGCUUAUAAUACCCUAAUUUGGUACAUAAUUUAUAAAUUAUUCCUCUUUCAAUUUAUUCAAGUAUAUUAAUGCAAUAAAAUUCUGCCAACUUGAAACAGACAUCCAAUUUAUAAUAAUUAGAUAUAAUUUAUCAAAAACCAUUAAUUGUAGUUUAUUUAAUUUAUAAGUGAUUUUUUUAUAAAUACUGUAUAUCAUCAUCACACACAAUUCAUCACCAUAGCUCAAUAAACAAACCAAAAUUU